AAUAGAUACUGCAGGGAGUCUGAGACAUCUGUUUCAUAUUUUGAUAUUUUACUUAAAAGUCCGUUAAUGGUUACCAAACAACAAAACUUUGGAACAAUUGAUUACUUUACUUUUUCUAUCAUUAACAUCAUUUACUAUUCAAUAAUGCCUUCAUCACCUGAAUAAGGAGUUACAGUAAUAUCUCUCAGUUGAUUCGAGAUUCAAGAGAACGCCCAACGUAUUAGCAACUUCUUAAACAAGAAUGUGAUUUUCUGCAACUUUUGCAUAUGAAUUUCUCGACGAGAAGCUGCUCCAAAGUGGAAAAGGAAAAUGAUAUCAAGCUUUCUUUGGACAUCUUUUGCAAUUUUUCUCGUCUUUAUAACAAUAUCAGAAAGUGCUUGCACCUUCCCUUCAGAGAUCACAGGCGACUGGUACAGCGCUUAUAAGGGCAAACUCUCAUUCAACUCUACUCAUUUAUUGGGAUAUCCAAUUUAUAUGUCAGCCUCCCGGCAGUCGUUGGACUUUGAAUGUUACAUAAACAGAGACAAAAUAUAUGUUCUGAGAGCAACUCAAACAGCCCUUGUGUUUGGUGAAUAUAUUCGUGGUUAUUUAUGUAUAGAACUAUGGAGAGUUUCUAGCACAAAGUAUUAUUAUUACCACGGAACAACAACCUCUUCGACGAACGGCGACCAUAUUAGAGGAGUAAUUGAUAUCUUUAAUAAUGGGACGUUAGAAGAGAUCUGUGACGUAGCAGAACCAUACAGAAAUUCAUCGUUUGUGAUGCUAGUUAAAGAAGGUUCCAUUGCGAUGCGGGCAUCAGCAGCUACCUGUGCGACCGAUCUUCUUGCAUCAUAUAGAUCUGUUUCAAUUAGCGACUCAACCGCAAGUACAUCAUGCUCCAGUAAUACAAUGGAUGGCUGCACCAAAAGAACAGAGAUGAGAUUCACUUACGGUUCAAGAUGUGGAAAAAUACACAAGUUUUCAACUAAUGGUAUUUGGACGUGUGUGCAUAGUAUAAGCAGUGGGGGAUAUACUUAUCUCUCGCUCUGGAACAAUGAUCAAUCAGUUGUGGGGACCACCUCCCAUCGAUACACUCCUGGAGUCAACUACCAGUUUGCCUGUUUAGUGAUCAGUGGAUCCUCAGCCACCAUGUAUCCAAACUAUUGCUCGGACAAUACACAGACAGCAACAACAGUGGCUCCUCCAGGCCUCAGGAUGUUAUUUACAGGGGCUACUUCUACUUGUUGUAAGUCCCCCCCCCUCAUAUUGACCAGCGUUAAUAAAUUAAUUGUCUUAUAGUGUCAUAUAUUGACCAAAGUUACGCCGUCGUGUCUUUGUUUUUCAAAACGAUACGGAAAGAAAGAGGAAAUGCUCGAAUUUGCGAGGUAUUUUGUAAAUUGUAUCUCUUAAUAGAACAUUCAUGUUAAAUAAAUAGUGAAGAAUAUAUCAAUAAAAGAUGAAUUCUUGUUGAACUAUCAUUAAAACUGUAUUUAGAAACUAUAAAAUAGAGAAAAUGUUUCCAAAUAUUGAUUCAGAAAGAUAAAUUGGUAAGUUAAAUUAUUUAGUGCAUAACAUACACAUGUAAUGCCAAAACAACUGAAUAUUUGUCGCUACUUUUUGUCAUUCUUCACAAUGUUGAUAUUUAACAGAUUCGUUUCUGUCCAUAAAAU